CUUCGAUGUCCAGUGCGCUUGACCUUUUGACCCCAAAAUCGAUAGGGAACAUCUUCAUCCCAUGGGUAGUCCAUAUAUAUGAUAUGGUGACGGUAGGUGGAAAGGAUAACGCUUUAGAGCCCGGAAACCAUUGCGUCUACAGACGGACGGACGGACAGACAGACGGACAACCCGAUUUCAGUAUACCCCCGCCCCCCCCCCCCCCCCCCCCCCCAACUUGUUGCGGGGGGUAUAAAAAUACAUACCCCCGCCCCCCUUUCUGCAAUGCUAGCUACCUUCAUCACCCGAUGAAACAACAAAGAAAGUAUUUUAUUGUUUAAAUGUCUACCAUUACAACUUGUAAAGAUAUCGAAGGCAAAAGCAUUGGAAAAGUAAAUAAUUAGGACAUGUUCCUUAGGGUCACCCCGGUACAUUGAUACGCAAACACACUGAUGUAAUAUUGAUGAUGUGUAGAAAAACAAUUAAAAUCGAUUUCUAAAUGAUGUUUGCUAUUCCAUGUCAAGGAGAGUCCAUGCUGUUAUCAAGUAUACAUGAAGAGAUGGUCAAAAGAAUCGAAACGAACAAUAUGGCCACAUACCGUGAAUUAUCAGCUCGAAAACAAAUUCGAUAUUGUAUUACAAGUUUCUGUAUAUAUAGAAUGUUGAUCUUUCAUUUAUUUCAUUUAAGUACAAUCUUUUAUCAUUGACCGCCAAUCCAGUAUAUUCUAUAACGAACCUCUAGGCGUCAGCACCAGGAAUGUGGAGCAAAGUUGUUUACCUUACUUGUUUUCUGUCUCUAGGUCACGGAUGCCCUGGUGGAUGGCUUCCCCACGGACAAUCGUGCUACCAUACUUCAAAUGAGGAUGAAUCAUGGAUAGAUGCAAUGAAACUGUGUAAUGUCCACGGAGGAUACCUAGCUCAUAUCAUGGACGAGGAGGAAAACAGAUUCAUUGUUUCCUUGUUACACCAAUCACAAAGUAACUCUUUCUGGAUAGGAGGAUCCGAUUGGACCAUUGAAGGGACGUGGGUAUGGGAACCACUAGGCAUUAAGUUCAAUUACAGCAAUUUUGCUGAUGGCAGACCAAACAACUACCACGGUGAAAACUGCCUGUCAAUAAGAGUGGGUAACCAACAAUGGGAUGACGAUGAUUGUGAUGAACAACGUAGAUAUGUCUGUGAGAAAAGUUUCUGGUUGUUUACCUGGAUGGCACCCUUUCAAGAAUUCCUGCUACCAUGUAUCGAAAGAGGGUGAAUCCUGGAUGGAUGGAUGGAAUGGUAAGCCCUUUCUUUUAUAUUCCAUAAAGUGACUAAAUUGAAUAAUUACAUGUACAAUGUAUUCAGAAUUGGGAAUGUUAAGAUUUGUGGAAUUUGCAAGUCCAGAUAUUAUAUUACAGAGAAUGUGUGAAAUGCAUGGCGGAAACCUUGUCCAUAUAGAGACGGCUGAAGAAGACAAUUUCAUAACCCAACAAAUGCGCACGUACGCUCGUAAGUUACAAAUUAAAAAUUCGUUUUUUGCAUUGCUUUGAUUGAUUGAUUGUAUCUUGCUUAACGUCUCUCUCAAGAAUUUUUCACUCACAUGGAGACGUCACCAAGACCGGUGAAGGGCUUCAAAUUUAGGCGUAUGCCCGGCACUUACGGCCAUUGAGCAGUGAGGGUGCUUUAGCGUGUCACACCUACUUUGACACUGGACUUCCGUUUUUAAGGUCAUCUCCGAGGACCCGUGACAUUUACACCUAAUGCCGAGCGUUUGGCGAUGGAACUGUCGCUACCUAUUUAAACGACUUAGUUUUGUUGCGGCCGGGAUUCGAACCCCGGCCUUCCGUAUGCGGGGCGAACGCUCUAACCUCUCGGCCACCGCGGCGGUCAAACACAAUGCUGAUGAAAAAGACAUUUUUCUUGGAGUGGGAUGCAAAAUAUUGGAAUUCAACGAACGAACACUUUGUUUCUGUGAAGUAUUAUGUACAUGUAGAAGUCGCUCAACUGUGAUCACAUAAUGGUUCAGUAUCAGUCUAUCACGUAGUCAAUCUACUAGUAUAUAUAAAACCAGUCAAGACUUUAUUUGAGUAUACAUGUACGAGGGCUGUUCGACAUGUAAUGUACCACAGCGUGAUAACGCUUUGCACGAUUUUGUGGAUGAUGAUACUAUUGAGUAGGGACAUUCAAUACUUUUCCAACGGUAU